AGCCUCGUAUCCAAAACACAUUUAACUUGGCAUAAAAAAAAAGUAUGUCUUGUUAUGUGACCAGUUAUCUGAUGAAAUAUUUUAUUUUCUUCAGUGUGUGUUCACAAUAUUGUCUUUCAAGCAGUCCCGUAGUACAUGCAUGACUGCAGCUCAGCAAGACGCCUGGAAGUGGUCACUUUGGUCAACUGUCACACGUAGCUUUGUUUCUUUCAUGUAAGAAUUGUCCAAAGUGAACUGUGUGUAUCUAUACCACUAUAUCUGAUCUUAUAUGCUUAGUAGCAUAGUAUGCAUAUCUACUGUAGGUCUGCAGAAAUCACAGUUAAAUCAUGCUUGAAAAUAGAACUGAAACCAGCUACCUCUUUUGGUCCUGUGUAACGUCAGAGGAAAACUUCUGACUUGUGAAACUGUCUUUGCUACUUCAUGUGACAAUUAGGUUUUCUUUCUCCACUUCUUUCAUAAAUAUUCAUGCUUUCAUAAAUAAUUUUGUGUCGUUGUAGAUCCCUGUGUGUUAGUGCUCAUGGGUUAAAAGGUCACAAAAGUCUAUAAGUAGCAUUUUUACAUAGUUAUUUAAGUUGCACAGUGUGUACAUAACCUCAGAAGGACCUCAGCAGACUUAGCUAAAGUGUGGUGUAAGCACUCCUGACCGGGAACUAAUGUUUUGUUUCCUAGGAUAGUGAAGGCAUGACCCGCCCUUCUCUGCCUCUGAUUGGCUAGAACUCAUUGCCUUCGAUGAUGGGAUUGGUCAGGUUUAUGUAUGAGGAGUGAGAUUGGUUAGAGGUAGGGUAAGACUGUGAGGGUCAGCCAAUCAGAGGCUGAGUAGGGCGGGUCAUGACUUGCCGUCCUAGGAAAAAAAUAUCGCUAACCUUGAGGAACAGUUAGAGAAAACGUUAAGGCAUGUUGUAAAAUACUUAUUCACUUUCUUGCUAAGAGUUAGAUAAGAAGAUUGAUACCAUUUAAGUUAUCUGGGAUAAGUGUAGAUCCGAGAAGGGAAGAAAGAGAUAAAAGAGGGAGUGGUGGGGUGAGAGAAAGAUAACGUCCCAUUAAUUCUUUAUCUCGUUUGUUGACUUAGAUGGUGUAAAAAAAAAACAACUGAGCGCUGCAUCCAUCCAGAUGUUCUUCGCAGAUUGUCACAUUGAUAGAUAAAGAAACGUUUCUACUGUUAAACUCACGAGCCAAAGGGGAUUGUUUACAGCGUGCGUGUGCGUGAUACAGCGCGUGACCAGCGCUGAAUAUGUAAACACAACAACUUUAGCUCAUAGCUCCGAGUGAAAAAUCAAACACUGGAGCUCACCAUGACGGAAUAACAACGCCUACUCUGAUUCUGCCUCGAACACAGGCCUUGAAACAUCACCAUGUGGACAAAACGUUGAUGGUUCUGACAGACUUCAUUGCUGAGGUACGACACACACAGCUGAGGUGGAACCAUUUGGGGAGACGGCUUCUUCUUCUUACACAAAGUUUCUUCGGACGGCUUCAGACUGAUCGGGCUGCAGUAUGGCUUUGCUCAUCCACAUGUUGGCCUGCGCCUUCGGACUCGGCUCCUGGGUGGCAGUGAAUGGCCUCUGGGUGGAACUGCCGCUCAUCGUCAACACGCUCCCCGAGGGCUGGGAGCUCCCCUCCUACCUGACGGUCAUCAUCCAGCUGGCCAACCUGGGACCUCUGCUAGUCACACUCAUGCACAAACUGUGCCCGGGCCGCCUAAAAGAGCAUGUCGUCAUAUACGCCAUCCUCUCCAUCGGUGUCCUGUCCUGCAUCCUGCUCGCCUUUUUCUGGGACAAGACUACAAUGGUGGCCGGAGCAUCACACAGUACCGCCUUCUUCAUCAUCACCUUCUUCCUCUCGUUGGUGGACUGCACUUCCUCGGUUACUUUCCUGCCUUUUAUGAUGCAGCUCCCAGCAAAAUACAUCACUACAUACUUCAUUGGAGAAGGACUUAGCGGUUUCAUUCCUGGCGUAGUCGCCCUGGCACAAGGCGUGGGCAUUGCCAAAUGCGUCAAUUCCUCUGAAACUGCAGGAAACCACACAGAUGGAAACACGUGGUCACUACAUACUGAGUAUCUUCCUCCCAACUUUUCCACUGAGGUGUUUUUCUUCUUCCUAGCAGCCAUGAUGUGCAUAAGUCUGGCUGCUUUUGUUGCACUGAACAGACUUCCUCGGAGGUACGAACUGUCCACUGAAAACCUUGUGCCAGACUCUGAAGCAUCUGUCUCCGGCCUGGACAACCCCGGAGCAGAGAUUGAUGAAGACGGUGUGAAAUGCCAUCGUAAGGGUGCAGCCCAGAGUAAGCCUCUGCAGACAGGCCCAAAACACUCUGUGUACCAGCUGACCUUCAUCUACUUUCUGGUGGUUUGGGUUAAUUCCGCAACCAACGGCCUGCUGCCCUCCGUGCAGACGUACUCCUGCAUGCCUUAUGGGAAUCUGGCCUAUCACCUCUCUGCUGCGCUGGCAUCAGUGGCAAACCCAGUGGCUUGCACCAUUGCGAUGUUCUUCCAAAACAGGUCACUGGUGUUUCUCGGUGUGCUGACGGCGUUGGGGACAGGAUUUGCCAGCUAUAAUAUGGCUAUGGCAGCUAUGAGUCCAUGUCCUUUGCUUCAAGGGUCUGCAGUGGGAGUGAUGAUCAUUGUACUCUCAUGGCUCCUCUUCACCGGAACGCUGUCUUAUGUCAAAGUAAUGGUGGGCGUCAUCCUGAGAGACCGCAGCCACAGCGCCCUGGUCUGGUGCGGAGCUGCAGCACAGAUGGGCUCACUAGUCGGCUCGGUCACCAUGUUCCCUCUGGUUAACGUCUACCGGCUGUUUACGUCAGGAGACAUCUGCAACACUAAAUGUCCCCUAUGACACUUAACCAAAGAACCGCAGUACUGAGAAGAAGGCUGGAUACUUUUUAAAUAUUUUUAUUUUAUUUUAAAGGAAUAGUUUUACACUUGGGAAAUAUACUUGCUACUUGCUUUGUUGCCAAGAGUAUAUAAAAAUUUUUUUUUUAUAAUAAAAAUGUAUCAAAUGACAAUGUGUAAUGUCAGAGGCAUCACUCGUAAUGAGUCUCUGACUUGGGUCUCUGACGAUAAUGACCGGGAGUGUGGUCGACAUGAACCAAUAAAGGCCGGCCCCAAAAACAGGCCGGGAAAAAACAAAGGGGAAUAAACUCCUGGUGCCUGUUUUAUAAUGUGAAUGCCAGUUAAAUCUAAUGUACAUUUCCACCACUUUAAUAAAGUCAACAAUAUAAUUAUGCUACUUUCAACACUGUGUUGUUCUAGAUUACUCAUCUAAAGUAUUAUUGUCCUAUUUCAGUCACUGUGGGUUUCAGUCAGUAUGUGCUUUAUUCCUCAUGAUCCGCAGCUUCUGGAAGUGCUGUCGCUUUGACAAACGCGCCAAACUCUGUUUAUAAUUCUUGAUGUUUUAAAAGUUUCCUCACUGAAUAUCAGAGAUGAACGCUGGUUUUAAAUGACUUUUAAGUCUUUUUAACUGACCUACAGUUACUCCUGAACUUGCUGGGCCUGAUUCUGGCAGUUUGAUCUGCUGUGUGGACACCACAACACGGCUAACGGAGCUACCAACUAAUCUCCACUCUAGAAAAGCCUCCCACAAACCUAUAUUGUAUGGUAUUAUUUUGUGAAGCACCUUGUGACUCUAGUUUAGAAAGGCACUAUAGAAAUAAAGUUUAUUAUUAUUAUUACUAUAUGUGUUAAUGUCUCAGCCAACUGUAGUUUGUAGUAAUGUAUAAGUGCUAUAACAUGGCAGUAGCUACAUUUGAAGUACUAUAUGAGACCAUUGCAAUGACUGAAUUUUCCAAUAUCACUGAGCUGCAGACCCGGAGAACCAACACAGUUCCUAAUAGAUUUAUCUGCAGACUCGCAGUAUCUACACAACACACCCACAUAUGUAUGCAUGCACGGAGAACCAGGAGAACUCCCGCAGCUCUAGACGCAACACUUAUCAACCAGCUUUUGGAGAUUGCUAAACUCUGUCAAGGCUGUCGACAUUAUUAAAAUAAUAGUCCACUUUUCUAGUCUUUUAUUAAAUAAAAUGUGUAUAUUGUAUUCAAUGAGGGAUUUUCUAUCAGUAUAAACACACAGCCAUGGAAAUCUGAGUGGAGAAAUAAAGUGCUGUGAAAAUUA